AAGAAGAGUGUGAGAUAGCCUCUAGAGUUGUCCUUGAGUCAUGCAGCUCAAAAGGUCAUCAGCUUCUUCCCACUCCAUGAAUCUCAAAACCCUAUUCCUAAAUCUCAUCACACACUCUCUUUACCGUCUUUUACGGUCUCUCUCAAGAGCCAAAUCCGUUCUUAUAGAGAUUUCUAAACACAACAAGAAGAGGUUAUUCAUGAUGAUGUUUUACACAACAAAGUCAUCCAUGAACCAACACAACAUCUUCUUUGGAUCCUCCCAUGUCGUCGUUCCCGUCACCAAAACUUUCCCUUUCUCCGUUCAUGGUCAUGAAGAUGAGGAUAAUCUUGAGUCUCAAUACCUCGAGUGGCUAGAAGAGAAAGUUGAUGAGAAUAAUAACAUUAAUGAUGAUCAUCAGAGUGUUGGUGAUGAAGAUAUUGAUCGCUUGGCAGAUAUAUUCAUCGCGAGGUGUCAUGAGAAGUUCUUGCUGGAGAAGGUUGAAUCUUACAGGAGAUUCCAAGAUAUGUUGGCGAGGAGUUUGUGAGAAUUGAGAAUGAUGAGGGAGACGACAAAAAAGUUUGUAAGUUAAU